CUGCCAUCUUCACUACGGCAACCCAGAAGGACAGAUCACAUCAGAUUUUAGUUUGUCACUAAUCGAUCUUGUUUAUAUUUUACACAAGUAAAUAAUUUUGCUUUUAAUUUGCGGUGUGUAACUGUUGGAAAUACGUGACCACGCGAUGCGAAAGGAAAGAACAAAUGGAAUAACACAUCUGCGAGGAGCCAUGGGACGCAGAGUUGGCUGAAGCAGGAAGUCUAGCAGCAAACCAACUGGUUUCCCCGGUGGAUGUCAUGGCAACUGCGUCAUCGAGAGCAGAGUCCAGCCACAGCCUCAGAGGAACAUCACAGCUCCAUGCCACCGUUUCCUGUGCCAAAAUCAAGAGGAAGAAGAGUCUGUUUGGGGCGUCCGUCUACGUGGAGGUCUCGGCCGAUGGAGAGUCUCGACGAACCGCCAAGUCCCACAGCUCCUCCAGCCCCAAGUGGGACGAGAGGCUCACCCUGAAUGUAACCCCACACUCUCAGCUGGACUUUAAAGUCUGGAGCCACAACACUCUGAAGGCGGAUGCUCUUCUGGGCCGAGCCUCCCUGGACCUGAUGCACACGCUCGAGCAACACGACAGGAAAUUGGACAAUGUGAAGGAAGUGUUGAAGCUGAGCGUGGAGCAGAAAGGGGCUGUGGUUCAGACCGGAGAGCUCACCGUGAUCCUGGACGGACUGGUCCUGUCUGAGCAAAACCAACUGACUCCUCUCACCAACGGCAACACGGCCAACGGCAAAUUCCAACAAAAUGGUGAUGCCAUUCACGAAAACGGAGAAUCCUCUUCCUCAAGGGCUGUAAACAGUGUAAUGAAUGGCACAGAGUUGGGGGUCCGGUCUGGCUCUGUCUCCACCUCCAACAGUGUGGACAGCGGCGCCCCCUCCAGCUCGUGCAGUCCGGCUCUGGCGCACGCCCUGAACGGAGACUCCUCCCACAAAAGCACCCCCACACACCAGCCCUCCGACAGCGACAACGACAGCAGGACGGUGAAUGGUGAAUCCUGCGACGCUGCUCCCGGGCCGUCCUGUCCAAACACUGAUGAAGCUCCUCCUGUAGGCGACUCAGAGAACUGCUCUUCAGACACUGUACCACCAGGGGGCGCCACAAACAGCACAUCCUCCACCUCCUCCUCCUCCGCACAGGCUUCCUCCUCCUUCGCCACCGCCGCUGCUGCUGCCGCCUCUGCCACUUCCGCAAACCCCUCCACCUCCACAGCAGCAGGGGGCGCCACCAACACCACGUCCACUUCGUCCAGUUCGUCUCCAGCGCCGGGAGAAGCAAACGCGUCGGGGGCCGGGGCCGGAGGGGGGAACACGACCACGACUGACGCAGCUAAACCCAGACAACAAGGAGCCAAUGCAGCAGGAGCAGACCCUCUACCACCAGGGUGGGAGCAGAGGAAAGACCCUCACGGCAGAACGUAUUACGUCGACCACAACACCAGGACUACGACGUGGGAGCGACCCCAGCCUCUGCCUCCCGGGUGGGAGCGGCGCGUGGACGAUCGGGGCCGGAUCUACUACGUGGACCACAACACGCGCACCACAACCUGGCAGCGCCCCACCAUGGAGUCUGUGCGCAACUUCGAGCAGUGGCAGAGUCAGCGCAGUCAGCUGCAGGGAGCUAUGCACCAGUUCAACCAGAGAUACCUCUACUCUGCGUCCAUGAUGUCUGCAGAGAAUGACCCUCUAGGCCCUCUACCUCCGGGAUGGGAGAGACGUGUGGACUCCAACGACAGGGUGUAUUUUGUUAACCACAACACGAAGACGACGCAGUGGGAAGAUCCUCGAACCCAAGGGCUACAGAACGAGGACCCGCUCCCUGAGGGCUGGGAGAUCCGCUACACGAGGGAGGGGGUCCGAUACUUCGUGGAUCACAACACAAGAACCACCACCUUCAACGACCCCCGCACCGGGAAGUCCUCCGUCACCAAAGGGCCUCAGAUUGCCUACGAGCGCAGCUUCAGGUGGAAACUCGCUCACUUCAGAUAUUUGUGCCAGUCCAAUGCUCUCCCCAGCCACGUCAAGAUCACUGUCUCCAGGCAGACGCUCUUCGAGGACUCGUUCCAACAAAUCAUGGCCCUGAAGCCGUAUGACCUGAGGAGGAGGCUGUACGUCAUCUUCAGAGGAGAGGAGGGGCUGGACUACGGAGGCCUUGCACGAGAGUGGUUCUUCCUGUUGUCUCACGAGGUGCUGAAUCCGAUGUACUGUCUGUUCGAAUACGCCGGGAAGAGUAACUACUGUCUUCAGAUAAACCCCGCCUCCGCCAUCAACCCCGACCACCUCUCCUACUUCUGCUUCAUAGGACGCUUCAUCGCCAUGGCUCUUUUCCACGGGAAGUUCAUUGACACUGGGUUCUCGUUGCCUUUUUACAAACGAAUGCUCAACAAAAAACUCAUCCUCAAAGACCUGGAGUCCAUUGACCCGGAAUUCUACAACUCCCUCAUCUGGAUCAGGGACAACAACAUCGAGGAAUGUGGCCUGGAGAUGUACUUUUCCGUCGACAUGGAGAUUUUGGGGAAGAUCACGUCUCACGACCUCAAACCGGACGGAGCCAACAUCAUGGUCACGGAGGAGAACAAGGAGGAGUAUAUCAGCCUGAUGGCAGAGUGGAGGUUUUCUCGCGGUGUGGAGGGUCAGACUAAAGCCUUUUUAGACGGGUUCAAUGAAGUGGUUCCUCUGCAGUGGCUCCAGUACUUCGACGAGAAAGAGUUGGAGGUGAUGCUGUGUGGGAUGCAGGAGGUGGAUCUUCAGGACUGGCAGAGAAACACUGUGUACCGACAUUACACCAGGAACAGCAAACAGAUCAUAUGGUUCUGGCAGUUGGUGAAAGAGGUGGACAAUGAGGUGCGUCUGCGUCUGAUGCAGUUUGUCACAGGGACCUGCAGGCUCCCACUCGGGGGCUUCGCGGAGCUCAUGGGAAGUAACGGGCCUCAGAAGUUCUGCAUCGAGAAAGUGGGCAAAGACACAUGGCUGCCCAGGAGCCACACCUGUUUCAAUCGCCUGGACUUGCCUCCUUACAAAAGCUACGAGCAGUUAAAGGAGAAGCUUCUUUUCGCCAUCGAAGAGACCGAGGGAUUUGGCCAAGAGUAGCCCCGCCCCCCUUCUCCUCCACUUUGCCCCGCCCCCUCCUUCCCCUUCCCCCUAGCCCCGCCCCCCUCCCCAGCCCCCACCUCCGCCUCGACUCAAAAACUAAACAAAAAAUUGCACAAGAUUAAUCACCAAUGUAUAUAAGCUAUUUUUCUCAUUUUUAAACCAAAAUCUUAAUUUGCAGCAUUGAUUUUUGCCGCAACCCAUUUUAACAAAAACUGAAAAAAAAAAAUCUCUUCCUUCUCCUCUUUUUCUCCUCUUCAUGAAAUAUGCAAGCAUCAACAUUAUAGAUUUUUAAGAUGCCCCCUACUGGCUGGCUUUUUAAUAGACUGAUAAUGGGGAGAUUUUAUACAGAGAUCCUCUUUUACGGCUCUAGUUCUAUAGGGCUAUUAAAAGGUGAGUGGACGUGCCUAAAAUAUUUUCGUUUUAUUCGUUCUCAUCUGUGCUUGCAUGGCUGCCUACACAAGAGACUGUUUCGAGUGCAUUUCUCACACAACUCCACUUUAAAGCUUUUAAUUUGAAAA